AUGACAAGACAAACACAAAGAAGUCUAUCAUUUAAUUCACCAAUAAACGUUUCAAGAAGAUCAAAACAACAACCAAUUAUUGCUGUUAAACGAAAUGUCAUACCAAUUAAAUUACCAACAAUUGUCAAUAGAACACAAUCAACUACUGUUAAACCAUCUUCAUCAGUUCAUCUUCGUAAUUUAUCACAAUCGAUAGUACCAUCAUCAAUUCUUAUCGAUCAAUUUUCACCUCAAGAUGAUCUUCAACCAAUUCUUCUAUCAUCUCAUUUCACAUUAAUUAAAGAUCAUACCAUAAAACAAAAUCUUUCUCAAAAAGCAAUACUAAAAUGUAAAUCACCACGAGCGGGAAGUGCUAUUAGUCGAUCAACAAUUUUCGGUGGUACAGAUAUAUACGAACAAACAAAAUCUCGUCGUCCACUUCAGGGUAUGGAUGUCGGCACAUUACUUACUGAAGCAGUACGGAAUCGACUUACCCUUUUAUUUAAUAAAAUCGAUACAGACAAAGAUGGACAUUUAUCAUAUUCUCAAGUACAAAUAUGUUUACCACCAAAUUUUCCUCAUGCACAAAUGACUUUCUUUCGUGUGCUAUAUGAUGUAAUUAGUGGUACAACAUUUUUUGGUUUACAAGAAUUCUAUGCCAUAGCUAUAAUUGUUGAAUUAGUAGCACAACAAAAUACAGUAUUAUGGAAAACAUUUUUAGAUGAUGUUGAUUUUAAUUAUUAUCAUGAAGAUAUUCUUGAACUUGUAGACGAAUUUAAUGAUCAAUGUCCAAUAGAUAGACAUAUAAUAUCUUAUGAAAUAUUUCUUGAAUUAGUUAUGAAACGAAUAAAAGAUGGUAAAAUUGAACGUGUUACAAAUGAAUUACAAUGUAUUGUACCAAAUAUAAAAACAAUGAAAAUCAAUCGUAUAGAUUUUAUUUCGUUUUUACCAUUAAUCAUUUAUAUUGAAUCAUGUUUUAAUCAUGAACAAUCAUUAUUUCGUUUUCGAGAAAAUUCAUUACUUGAUAAACAUAUGCAACGAGCUUUAUUAUCUUAG